AUGGAACACUUUCAAAACUCCGCUUCCAUAGGAACACAUUCAUUGAGUUACGCACUACGAGGAAUCUCGAGAAAACCAGGCGCGCCCCUAGUACUCGUCUUUACCGGAAUAACCAGUAGUGCACUGGAAUGGAGCGCAGUCUGUCGACACCUUGAGUCAGAAACAUCAAUCUUCCUUUAUGAGCGUUCCGGAUAUGGUCGCAGCGAAGAGUCCCCAAGCGAACCUGAUUCAGUCACCAUAGUUGACGAACUGUCCCGACUUCUGGAGUCAGCCGCCCUUGCCCCACCAUACCUUGUUGUCGGACAUUCGUGGGGCGGUAUUCUAGCUCGAGAAUUUGUGGCAGCCCGUCCGGUAGAGGACAUUUCUGGCCUAGUACUCGUCGAUGCAGUACAAGAACGGAUGCUCUUUGAGACAUGGCCGGAUCCUAGCAUCGCAGCUGUCACUGAAGGGCUGGACUAUUAUGAGGUGGUUGGGAUCUCAAGGGAUUACAAGUUGACGGCAUCUGAAUGGGGUGAUCUUAUGGCGGAAGAGUCGAGUGAGAAGCAUGCUCGACAGGCAGAUCGGGAAAUGCCCUAUCUUCAGAUCAGCCGACCUGUUAUCGAGCGGAAGGCACAGCUUGUGCCUGGUCAAAAUAUAUUGGAAGGGAGACCUCUCAGUGUCCUUAGGGGAAACUCUAAGCGGGAUCAUGAGUUGAUGUAUCAGGCUGGUGUGGCUAACGGGGGAGGUACUGAGACUCAGAGAGCCACAUUCCGUGACUAUCUGUCAAGAUGGGACCAAAGUGAAGAUUUUUUUCAGCGAGAGUUUCUUCACAUGUCAAAUUUGGUUCGCUACUCCGUGACAACAAAAAGUGGACAUAAUAUUCAGAUCACGGAGCCUCAAUUGGUUGCAGAUUCGAUUCGAUGGGCGCUUCAAAAUACUCCAGUUGAUCUUUCGUCUUAA